UAAAUUUUGGGAAAUGAAGCGUAAGCGGUGACCUCAUCUUCCUUACUUCCAAAAGAGUACGCGAUGACACAGAGACUUGCGUUUUAUCCAUAAAACCCCUCAAUAAUCUUCAACUUCUCGGCCUCAUACUCAUCAAUACCAUAGCUGUGAGCGUUUGCAGCAUAUCUCCAUUUUGGGAAAAAAUGCUACACUUCUUUCGUGUUACAUUGGCAAUACUGCUACUGGCAGUCAGCAUAAAACUUUCACAUGCUUUCCAGAGAAAUGGACAUGCUAAGAUGAAAUCGGCUGUUUUUCUAUCCCCUAAGUUUGUGCUGGGCCCAGGAUCGGUGGUGGACAAAUAUUACUAUAAUAUUGACUUCCCAAGAGGUCACAUUGCUCUCAAGAGUUUCAAUGCUGAAGUAGUUGAUGAAGCAGGGAACUCUGUGCCACUUCACGAGACUUAUCUCCACCACUGGGUCAUUGGAAGAUACUAUCAACGUCGAGGUGCAACAGAUCCAGAUCACAAUGGCCCUCUGGAACUUGACAAAUCUGAUCAUAUUCUCGUGAGGAAUAGUGGGGUCUGCCAGAAGAAUUCUCUUGGACAGUAUUAUGGUCUUGGAUCUGAAACACGAGGAACAGCUACAUUUGUUCCAGAUCCUUAUGGAAUAGAAGUUGGUAAUCCUGCAGAUAUUCCUGCUGGGUAUGAGGAGGGGUGGUUCCUUAAUGUUCAUGCAAUUGAUACUCGGGGCGUCGAAGAUAAGUUGGGAUGCACUGAAUGCAGGUGUGAUCUAUAUAAUGUCACAAAGGAUCAAUAUGAUCGCCCCUUGAGGCCAGACUAUAAAGGAGGCUUACACUGUUGCUAUGAUUAUACACAAUGCAGACUGAGAGAAGGCUUUGAGAGCGCUGAGAGAAGAAGCCUUUACCUGAGAUAUACCGUGAAGUGGCUUGAUUGGGAUGAGUUUAUCGUGCCUGUUAAGAUUUAUAUACUCGAUGUCACUGAUACAUGGAAAAGAUUGGACAAUUCAACAGGACAGAAUGCAGAACAUGAAUGCCAUGUUGAGUAUGAAGUUGAAUCUUGUAGGGCAUCUGGUAUGGCUAAUAAUGGGUGCACUGACACCAAAAGGGUAAGCCUCACAAUGCCUACUGGUGGUUCUGUCAUCUAUGGUGUUGCCCAUCAACAUUCAGGGGGUACUGGUUCAACUCUUUAUGGAGAGGGUGGACGGGUAAUAUGUUCUUCAAUACCAACUUAUGGAGAAGGAAAGGAAGCAGGAAAUGAGGCUGGUUAUAUUGUAGGAAUGUCCAGUUGUUAUCCUCGACCAGGUUCUGUCAAGAUAAACGAUGGGGAGACACUGAUUCUGGAAUCUAAUUACAGUAGCACCCAAAGGCACACUGGAGUCAUGGGGCUCUUCUACAUUUUGGUUGCAGAUGAAUUGCCAAAGCCCUCAAAAUCAGUUAAUCAGGUUUGGGAGCGGCAAUAGGCGUUGCCGCCAGUGUUCUCCAUCAGCUUCGGACCAAGGGAGAAUACAAUUACCAUUCACUUUUUUCAGCUGUUCUACGAGUCUUGGUUAUGUUAUGAACAUGGAAUUUAGUACCCUUUUAGAUGGCUUUAUUUGUAUAUAGACAUAAACUUGUAGCCUUAUGAAGUUCUUCUGAAUUCCACGGGAAAUAAAUAGAUAUAUAGAUGCUGUCA